GGGAGAGAGAGAGAGGGAGAAAGAGCCGCACCACCACUACAUUGUUUCAAUCCUCCCAUUUCCUGCAACACAACACUUGUAUGUCUCGUUUGAAGGGUAUGCAGCAUUACCGUUUAACACUGCACCUUACCUGCUACCAGGACGCUGACAGCAAGGAAAACAUAAAGAGUGAAUAUGAGAGGGGCUCGCCGCAAACUGUCAUGAGGUUGACAGAGAUGGGCUGCUGAUUUGGGAAUCCCGGAGCGCAGGAAGCACCCAGCAGCACCAUGACUGUUUUCAACCAGGAGAAUGUGGAGGAUUAUUAUGAGAUUGGAGACGAGCUCGGGAGUGGCCAGUUUGCUGUUGUUAAGAAGUGCCGUCACAGGAGCACCGGUGUGGAAUACGCAGCCAAAUUUAUCAAGAAGAGACGCAGCAAAUCCAGUCGGCGAGGAGUAUCAAAAGAGGACAUUGAGAGGGAGGUCAGCAUCUUGAAGGAAAUUCAGCACCCCAAUGUCAUCACUCUUCACGAUGUAUUUGAAAACAAGAACGAGGUCAUCCUCAUCCUGGAGCUAGUUGCAGGUGGUGAACUCUUUGACUUUCUGGCUGAAAAAGAGUCAUUGAGUGAAGAGGAAGCCACCGAGUUUCUCAAGCAGAUCUUGGAUGGAGUCAGUUACCUGCACUCCAAACAGAUCGCCCAUUUUGACCUUAAGCCGGAGAACAUCAUGCUGUUGAACCGGAGCGUGCCUCAUCCACGCAUUAAGAUCAUUGACUUUGGCCUUGCCCACAAAAUCGAUUUUGGCAACGAUUUCAAAAACAUCUUUGGUACUCCGGAGUUUGUAGCCCCAGAAGUAGUAAACUAUGAACCUCUUGGGUUGGAGGCAGACAUGUGGAGUAUAGGAGUGAUCACUUACAUUCUGCUUAGUGGAGCAUCACCUUUCCUGGGUGAGAAUAAGCAGGAGACACUUGCCAAUGUGUCAGCUGUGGACUAUGAGUUUGAUGAGGAGUACUUCAGCAGUACCAGCGCUCUGGCCAGAGACUUUAUCGCACGGCUACUGAUCAAAGACCCAAAAAAAAGAAUGACAAUCUUGGACAGUCUUCAGCAUCCCUGGAUCAAGCCAAAAGACACGCAGCAAGCACUGAGCCGUAAAGAGUCAGCUGUGAACAUGGAGAAAUUUAAAAAGUUUGCUGCACGAAGAAAGUGGAAGCAAUCAGUACGUCUCAUCUCGCUGUGUAACCGGCUCUCCCGCUCCUUUCUGUCCAGGAGCAACAUGAGUGUCGCGCGCAGUGAUGACACACUGGAUGAGGAAGACUCAUUUGUGAUGAAGGCUAUCAUCCACGCAAUCAACGACGACAAUGUUCCAGGCCUAAAACACCUUCUUGACUCACUGACCAGCUAUGAUAUCAACCAACCCAACAAGCAUGGUACACCCCCACUCCUGACUGCUGCCGGCGGUGGAAACGUCCAGAUCAUUGACGUGUUAAUGAAAAAAGGAGCAGAGAUUCAAGCCCUUGAUAAGACUGGAGCCAAUGCUAUCUACUACGCCUCCCGACACGGCCACGUGGGGACCUUGAGAUUCCUGCAUGAAAAGAAGUGCCCUCUGGACAUCCAAGAUAAGUCUGGAGAAACAGCUCUGCACGUAGCAGCUCGCUAUGGUAACGUGGAUGUAGUCCAAUACCUGUGCAGUAUCCAUGCUAACCCUGACCUACCAGACCGGGAGCAAGAGACCCCUCUGCAUUGCGCAGCCUGGCACGGAUACUCAGCGGUGGCCCGAGUUUUGUGUGAGGCUGGCUGUGAUGUGAACGCCCGAAACCGUGAGGGCGAAAGCCCGCUGCUCACUGCUUCCGCCCGGGGUUUCAAGGACAUUGUGGAGUGUCUGCUGGAGCAUGGGGCGAACAUGGAUUCUGUUGAUAAGGAUGGUCACAUUGCUCUCCAUCUGGCAGUGAGGAGAUGUCAGACUGAAGUGGUCAAGUGUUUGCUAAGCCAUCACUGUUAUGUGGACCACCAGGAUCGCCACGGCAACGCACCCCUGCACAUUGCCUGCAAGGACGGCAACCUGCCAGUGGUCAUCCAACUCUGUGCUGCUAAAGCCAAUCUGGAUAUUCCUAACAAAUUUGGAAGAACACCGCUCCACCUGGCAGCUAGUAACGGGGGUCUGGAGGUGGUGCGUCAUCUCUGUGUUGCGGGAGCCAACACUGAAGCCGUCACUAAUGAUGGAAAGACAGCAGAAGAUCUUGCGAAUGCUGAGCAGCAGGAGUAUGUCGCAAUGCUGCUGGCCAAGCUGAGGAAGGACAACCACAAGGCCAUUUACAUCCAGCAGCUGCGGCCUACGCAGACCCUCCAACCCCGUAUCAAACUCAAGCUGUUCGGCCACUCGGGAGCAGGGAAGAGCACUUUGGUGGAGUCUUUAAAGUGCGGAAUCUUGCGGAGUUUCUUCCGGAGAAGAAGGACCAGGCUGAACAACCCUGUCCGACAUCCGGCCUCACCUGCCACUUCCAAACCUUCAGUGUCUGUCAGUAUCUCUAACUUGUAUCCAGGCUGUGAGAAUGUUAGCGUGCGUAGUCGCAGUAUGAUGUUUGAGCCCAGUUUGACCAAAGGAGUGCUGGAGGUCUUUAGUCCGGUACACAAUGCUCUCUCCACGGCUGAUGACACCGCCACCAAAGCCAUCGACAUCCAGAAUGCCAACGUCAAUGGUGUUGGAGACUUUAGUAUAUGGGAGUUCUCUGGUAAUCCUGUCUACUACUGCACAUAUGAUUACUUUGCUGCGAAUGACACGGCAGCGAUUCACCUGGUUUUAUUCAGUCUGGAGGAUCCGUACGAGACUCAGCUCAACCAGGUCACAUACUGGCUCAACUGCCUCAAGGCUCUCACACUGCCUGAGGACAACAUCGCCUUUGGAGGGAAGAUCAGGAAUCCACUGCGUGUGGUGCUGGUGGCCACACAUGCUGACAUUGUGAAUAUGCCCCGAUCAUUCGGAGGAGAGUUCAGCUAUGACAAGGAGAGAUCUCUGCUUAGAGAAGUCAGGAACAGAUUUGGUAAUGACCUGCUCAUCGCUGAAAAGCUCUUCGUCAUGGAUGCAGGAGCGUCCAACUCCAAAGAUAUGAAGCUGCUGAGAAACCAUCUCUUAGAGCUCCGAAACAGCAUCAUCUCAACCUGCAGGCCUAUGACUCAGUUGGCAGAGAAGCUGUUGUCCACGCUGCCUUCCUGGAGGAAAUUGAAUGGUCCAAACCAGCUGAUGUCAUGGCAACAGUUUGUUGUGGAUGUACAAGAACAAGUCAACCCUCUGGCCAGUGAAGAGGAUCUGCGGGAACUGACUUUACAACUUCACAGCAUGGGAGAGAUUAACAUCAUGCAGAGUGAAACUGUCCAAGACGUUGUCCUUCUAGAUCCCCGCUGGCUUUGUAGUAACGUCCUUGGCAAGCUUCUCUCCAUUGAAACCCCCAAAGCGAUCCACCAUUAUCGUGGUCGCUAUCGUGUAGAGGAACUCCAAAACCUCGUCUCUGAGGGCGAUAUUGACGAACUGCUCCAGGUGCUGGAUGCCAUGGACGUAUGUGCCCGUGACACAGCCAAUCCAGGCAUGGUUGACAUUCCCGCCCUCAUACGCACAGGUGGGCUGCAGCACACCUGGACGGACGAAGAUGACAUAGAAGGGGAGGACACUUUGCUUUACGGUGGGGCACGCGUGGUCCCUGCAGAGCACUUAGCACCGUUCCCCUGCGGACUCUUCCAUAAACUUCAAGUAAACUUGUGUCGCUGGAGCCGGCAACAGAAACCUGAGGUCGAGCCUGAGGACGUGCGGUUAUGGAGCGGCGGAGCUCGCGUUGGGCUCGGUGGUGCCGAGGCUCUGGUUCUGCUUGUUAAUCAUGGACAGGGCUUGGAGGUACAGUUACGAGGCCCAGAAGCAGAUCCAGGACGUUGUUAUGCUCUGUUGGACACGCUAUGUGGCAUGACAGAGGGACUUGUGGCCGCUACGUUACCUGGUUUGUUAACUUCUCGACAUUAUCUAAGCCCCCAGCAGUUGCGGGAGCACCACGGACCCGUCAUGCUCUACCAACCUAGGGACUUUUUCCGAGCUCAGGCGCGUGGCGAGAACGCGCUCUCUAAUACCAUGGGAGGUUAUCGCGAGAGCUUCGUUAGUAUCGUAGCUUUAGGUUGCACACAGGUCUACAAGCAGGGCAGUCUCGGGAGGGAAGUGCCCGUGGUGGAGCUCAGUCACCUGACUCGACGCAAACUCUGUCGCCUACUUGACCCGCCCGAUGCCCUCGGAAAGGACUGGUGUUUGCUCGCCAUGAACUUGGGUCUUAGCGAGCUAGCUGCUAAAUACAGCGGUGGCACCAACGGGACUCUGCCCGCAGACCCCUUUUCUCUUCCCAGCCCAACAGCCACACUUCUCCAAGACUGGAGCCAGCGAUCAGAUUCAACAAUAGGAAUUUUGGUGGCUAAACUGAGAGAACUUGGCCGUCGAGACGCGGCAGAUUUUCUCCUCAGAGCCGCGCCAGUGUUCCGGGUCAAUAUGGAGAUCCUGGGAACUCCGCCAGAGCCGUAUAGCCCAGUGUGCAAUGGAGGCGGCACAUCUUACAACUCCAUCAGUUCUGUUAUCUCACGUUAGGGCUCAACUUGUGUUGUCUGUAGAGAAACGUGCAAUUAUUCAGCGGAGUACUGUUAGAUCUCAACUCCCUGGUCUUCUAGAACUAAAGUAUUUGAAUUAGAUACUUUGUGUAUGUCCAAUGAUGCCCUUAGCGAUUUUUGAAUGUUCAUCCUUGGUAUCUUUGAAAUGGUGCCUCUGUAAAUUUGUCUUCUGCAAAUCUUUUAUCAAUUUCCCAAGGUAAAGCUGCAGAAGGCUGCCUUUCUUAUUGAAUGUCCUUAAUAUGUCCUAUGAAAAAAAAUGAAACAGCUGUCUGUCAGUCAAAAAAAUUAAACCACAUUUGAUGACCGAAUGAUGGGAUCAACAAGUGCUUGGCAGCAGUACUUGAUAAAAAAGAGAUCAUGACGCAAGCUAUUGAGUGCCUUGGAGAUGGUAAACUGUUGUCAUCUUUCUAGAUGAUUUCAAAGUUGGAUGUGCCAUAUGCCACCAUCUAAUAACAAGUUAAGUUUAAACACCUCUGCAAGUGUUUCAGUGUUUACCUUUACUAUUAACUUUUAAAGAACAAAUAUAUUGGAUAACUAGUCUAUUCUCAAAUAUUCGGAGUGUGGGUAAUAUAACUUUACUACCUAAACAUUUCCUACUGCAGCAAAAGCAUAUUUUUUUCAGACAGGAUUUUAUUCAAAAGAUGAUACACACACACAAAAAAAACAUUCCUUGAUGCAGAAUAAAUACCAAAAUGUUUUAAAGUCUGCUUCCUAAAAUCAUGUGAGUCUCAAUGUAUUUACUGACUUCACGCUCGAGUAUAUUUGUCUUACCUUUGUGAAAUAUUGCAGGUCUGACUGCUUGUCAAAUGUAAAUGAUAUAAUACUGCAGGCAUUUACAUGGCAAAUAGGUUUUUGUUUUUAUAAAAUGUGUCUCGGUAAGCAUGAUCUGAGUAUUGUUACAGUUGUUCGACUGUUGUAUCAAAACUUUCUGUUUCACACAUUCGCACUGUUGAGCAAAUUUAUUUUGAACCAUUCAUGUACUGAAAUGAUAAAAAAAUAUAUAUUUUUGGGACUGAAUUUGGGCAAAAGCUUAAUUACAUGUGUCAAUAUUUGCAUUGGGACAAAAUUUGGACAGUCCUAUAGAGCUGUUAACGAUUAUGCUGUUUUUUGGUUAUAUUUCAGUGGUUUAUUAGACUUGUCUAAUUCUGAUUGGAUUGUACUGAAUGUGAUGGGCACUUGAAAGCUGUAGAUGGCAGCAAAGACUUCCUCUUACAUCAUAAUAGGACAUGACUCUUGUUUUCCUUCAGAGGAGACAGAUGGAAUUUAAUUUUUAAUAUGUACAUUUACUUCAACUGUCCCAUGUGAGAUUUGGGGCAGCUCUGUCUUCUAACCCCUCACCGUUUCUUUUGCAGGCAGUCUUAACAUCGUAAGCUUUUAUAAAAGGGAACUGGGCAUAUUGUGUUCUCCCAUUCCAAAAGGCACAUUUUUAUAUUGUGAUUAAGUCUGUGUAUUAUAAAUAUCUUUCUCUGUUUAGCUGUGGUCAAGGUUAAUGAUUUCCCCUAUUAAGACUUUAACAGGGUAAAUCGGGGGAAUUUAUCUUGUUGUAUUUAAGACUUGUACAGUCAUUUCUUUGCACAAACCUUCACAUCUAUUUAUAUUAUGUUCUGAAUGCAUGUCUCUGAAUGCCAUGUCCUUAAUAAUUCCUUAUAACUUUACAGUGUACUACAUUUUUUUUUUUUUAUAAUAAAUUGUUUACUCGAUAA